ACCUUAGCUUGCCAACCAUCCCUCCACCUCACCUCCAACUGCAUUGCACGUGCAUGAGCAGCUGUCUCACAAGCAAAUCGUGGCUUUCAGUCAAGUCGGAGUCGCCAGCGGCCUCAGUCGACCAUGAAGUGAAGUCGCCGUCCUCAGCUGUCGCACCGCCAUUUCGAGCUCCGACACCUUGCUAUCAGUGCGGGCAGCUAUCCAACGCAACGGCGACACCCAAUACACGCCUUGCGCAAAGACAAACACAGCGCCGACCGAACCUCACUCCUCCACUCACUCCACGCAAACGGUCCCUUUCGCCAAGAAGUCUACUCCAACCACCUCCGUCUCCACAACCCGCGCAAGCAACGUUCUCCAUCCUAGCUUGAGACAAUGGCGGAAAUUACACUUGGCCCCCCGGCCAUGCCUACUGGGAAGAAGAGGAUUGCAGUCAUGACCUCGGGAGGCGAUUCGCCUGGCAUGAGUGGCGCCGUCAGAGCUGUUGUCCGGCAGACCAUCGCCUCAGGCUGCACCUCCUUUGCGAUUUACGAAGGCUACCAAGGGCUCGUGGACGGCGGCGACAUGAUCAAAGAGAUGAGCUGGGAGGAUGUCAGAGGGUGGCUGUCGGAAGGUGGCACCCUGAUCGGCACCGCCAGAUGCGCGGCGUUUAGGGAACGCUGGGGGAGGCUGAAGGCUGCAGACAACAUGGUCGAGAAAGGCAUUGACGCGCUGGUCAUAUGUGGCGGUGACGGCUCUUUGACCGGCGCGGAUAAAUUUCGGGAAGAAUGGCCGGGCCUCAUGAAUGAGCUCGUGACCAGUGGCCGCCGGAAGCCCGAAGAAGUGCUCCCGUAUCGACACCUCAAUAUCGUCGGCCUGGUCGGGUCAAUAGACAACGAUCUCAGCAGCACAGACGCCACGAUCGGAUGCUAUAGCUCGCUACAACGGAUUUGUCAGUCCAUCGACUUUAUCGAUGCCACCGCUUUUUCCCAUCAGCGCGCUUUCGUCGUCGAAGUCAUGGGCAGACAUUGCGGCUGGCUCGCGCUCAUGGCCGGCGUCAGCUGUGGCGCAGACUUCAUCUUCAUCCCGGAGAACCCACCCUCGGAGAACUGGGAAGAGGAGAUGUGCUCAAUUAUACGCAGGCAUCGGGAGAUGGGCAAGCGAAAGACCAUUGUCAUCGUGGCGGAAGGGGCGCACGACAGGCAGCUCAACCACAUCAAGCCGGAUAUGGUCAAGGAUCUCCUUUCCAACCGGAUUGGGUUGGAUACCCGAGUUACAACGCUCGGCCACGUCCAACGAGGCGGCCCGCCCUGCGCGUACGACCGAAUGCUCUCCACUCUGCAGGGUGUCGAGGCGGUCAAGGCCGUGCUCGAGGCCACCCCUGACACCCCCUCGCCCGUCAUCUGCAUCGUCGAGAACAAGAUUGUGCGACGCGAUCUCGUCAAGGCGGUCGAGCUCACGCAAAACGUGGCGAGAAUGAUUGAGGCAAAACGGUUCGAGGAGGCAAUGAAAGGCAGAGAUGCCGAGUUCGAGGAGUACUGGCACGCUUUCAACAUCACCACCGCUACGGACAAGUCUGACAUGCUCCUGCCGCCCGAGCAACGAAUGCGUGUCGGCAUCAUCCACGUUGGAGCGCCGGCUGGGGGUAUGAACGCUGCAACGAGAGCAGCAGUGGCUUAUUGCCUCACCAAAGGUCACACUCCCGUCGCUUUGCACAACGGCUUCCCCGGUCUCUGCAGACAUCACGAUGACAAGCCUCUCGGAUCUGUACGUGAAGUGAAGUGGCUGGAUGCAGAGCAAUGGGCGUCCAGAGGCGGUUCGGAGAUUGGCACCAACCGCGGACUGCCUUCUGAAGACAUCAAGACGACUGCCUACUGCUUCGAGAAAUACAAAAUCGAUGCCUUAUUUGUGGUGGGUGGAUUCGAAGCUUUCACAGCCGUCUCGGAGUUGCGAAGGGCUAGAGUGCAGUUUGAUGCAUUCAAGAUCCCCAUGGUCAUACUUCCAGCCACAGUCUCCAACAACGUCCCCGGCACUGAAUUCUCCAUUGGCUCCGACACCUGCCUCAACGCCCUCAUCGACUACUGCGAUGCUAUACGACAAUCAGCAUCGGCAUCGCGAAGGCGUGUCUUCGUCGUCGAAACGCAGGGCGGUGCGUCAGGCUAUAUCGCCACAAUCGCCGGGCUCUCCAUCGGCGCUUUGGCAGUGUAUACCCCUGAAGAGGGCAUCCAUCUGAACAUGCUCGUGGAAGACAUCAAGUUCCUCAAGGACCAGUUCGCCAAGGAUGUCGGCCACGCACGGAGCGGCAAGAUUAUCCUUCGGAACGAAAAGGCGAGCAAAACGUACACCACCGAGUUCAUCGCCAACAUCAUCAAGGAGGAGAGCGGGGGAAAGUUUGAUGCUCGUUUCGCCGUGCCUGGACACGUGCAGCAAGGCGGGACUCCCAGUCCUAUGGAUCGUGUGAGAGCCGUCCGAUUCGGCGUCAAGAGCUUGCAGUAUCUGGAGAGCUAUGCGGGCAAGUCUCGUCAAGAAAUCGCGGACGAUCCCAUGUCAGCGGCCGUCAUUGGCAUUCGGGGCGCGCGUGUCAAGUUCAGUGCGAUGGAGAAGAUCGAGACGCAGGAGACGGACUGGAAAGACCGGCGGCCCAAUGACGAGUUCUGGUUGAAUCUGGUCGAUAUUGUUGAUACACUGAGCGGACGACCGAAAGCGUACAGGACGCCGAUACCUGGGUCUCCCGGCCAUGCUGCGGACAUCGUGGACCACACUCCAGCACCCGGGAGCCCGAAUAUUGGCCCUGCGACUGGUAACAAGGGUGGGAAUGCGAACGGAUCGUUCUUGCCCAUACCGAACGGGCUUUGAGGCGCAGGCGUUCAGCGAGGUGCGGCGUUGUAGGGUAUGGUAGACAGGGGGACUCCCUGCUCGUUAGAGUCGGUGUCACGGGCGUAGGGUGAUGGAGCGCAUGG